AAUUAAGGUUCUAGUUACUGCACUCAGAGGCGAGCCAUUUCAGAAGAUGAAUUCCCUUUAAGUGACAGUGGAGAGGAUGGGGCUUAGUUCCGACAGAUACAGAAUAUCCUUGGUUGUCCUCUGCACAAUUUUCCUUAUACUAUGUGGAUUUAGUUAUAAAUACUCAAUUUUUGACCAUGUUGGGAGUUUUUCUAAAGAUAAGGCAUUUGAAGGGAGAGGCCAAAACUUGACACAUAAGAAUUUGGGAUCAAUAGUUGAGGCUAUUGCAGACUCAGAAGCAGGGAGAGGCCAAAACUUGACACAUGGGAACUUGGGAUCAACAAUUCAGGCUAUUGCAAAUUCAGAAGCAGUUUCAAGAAAUUAUUCACUCAAAAACUCAACAGAGGAUUCAUCCCUACUUACCAGAAAGCCUACUGCUGACAAACUGUUUGAUGGGCUUUUAACUUCUGCGUUUGAUAAAACAUCAUGCUUAAGCAGGUUUCAGUCCUACUUAUACCAUAAGGCUUCGCCUCACAAACCGUCUCCCUAUCUAAUAACCAAGCUUGGCAAAUACGAAGAUCUCCAUAAAAGGUGUGGACCUCAUACUAGACUCUACAACAAAACCAUAAAAGAGUUGAUAAGGCCUAGGAAAAGGGGACAUUCUGCAGUAUGUAACUACAUUGUGUGGACUUCUGUCAAUGGCUUGGGGAAUAGAAUGGUGAGCAUGGCUUCAGCAUUCCUAUACGCUCUCCUCACAGAUCGAGUUCUAAUGGUGGAUUUUGAGGAUGAAAUGACUGGCCUAUUUUGUGAACCAUUUCCUAAUUCAUCAUGGCUUUUGCCAAAUGAUUUUCCUUUCAUAAACAAGCCAAGACAUAUUGAGACAUAUCAAAACAUGAUAAAGAAGGAUAGAGAAAACAGUUCAGGGAAGGUUUCUCCUUUGGUUCUACAUCUAUAUCUACAGCAUACCAGUGAUGAUUCUGAGAAGUUCUUUCACUGUGAUCAUAGUCACCGUCUUCUCAGUAAGGUUCCCCUGUUGAUAUUAAGAUCAGAUCAGUAUUUUGUACCUUCUCUGUUCAUAGUUCCAUCUUUCAGUCAAGAAUUAAGAAAAAUGUUCCCUGAAAAAGACACUGUUUUUCACCACUUGGGACGGUACUUAUUUCUACCUUCAAAUCAGGUGUGGGGAAUAAUUAACAGAUUCUAUCAGGCAUACAUGGCCAGGGCAGAUGAGAGAAUUGGUCUCCAAAUUAGAGUAUAUCCUGACCUCUCUACAAAUCAAGCAAAAAUGGAUCAAAUAUUAAGAUGCACCCUAAGGAAUAAUGUAUUGCCUGAACUAGACCUGAGAGAUUCAGUAACUUCUCCAAGGAAAAACCAAACAAAAUCUGUUCUGGUAACAUCUUUGUAUUCAUAUUUUAGCGAGAAUUUAACGACUAUGUAUCUGAAAAAACCAACUGUUACUGGGGACAUAAUAGGAGUUUAUCAGCCAAGUCAUGAAAAGAAGCAGAAGUCUCAUGACAACAUGCACAAUGUAAAGGCUUUGACUGAAAUAUAUCUGCUUAGUAUGUGUGAUGUAUUGGUGACUAGCUCUAUAUCUUCUUUUGGGUAUGUGGCUCAAAGUUUGGGAGGCUCGAAGCCAUGGAUUCUUCACAAGUUAUUAGACAAUAACGUCCCAGAUCCUCCUUGUGUGCGAGACUUCUCCAUGGAGCCAUGUUUUCAUUAUCCACCUAAGCAUGACUGUACGGCAAAGCCUAUGGACGAAAAUGGCAAAGCUUUUCCUUAUACAAGACCAUGUUUGGACCAAAGAAUUGGAAUGAAGCUGGUUAAUGAUCGUGAGUAGCUAUUACUUGUUAUUCAUAACUAUCUGUCAUUAUAUCAUAAUUUGUUUGAUAAUGUAUGUUGAGAAAAUCCGGCAAACAUAUUGUUUUGCUCAGUAAUGCACUUAGCCAUCAUGAAAGUUCAUUUCUCA